AACAAAAUUUCAUUGAGGAAUUGUUUUGUUUGGUAAAGACCUCAAUUCAUAUCAAAGUGACUUUUUCCAAAAACCUCGAAGCAACUGUUGAACAUGGCAGCACAUGAGAACAACAAAAAAAACAACGUUUUGAAUAUUCAGCCAUUUACACGCACACAUGUUUAAAGCAAAGGAGUGUAAAGAAAACUUAAAAAGAAUAGCACUACCACUUGGCGUAGACUGAUGUGUGUACCACAGAAACAAAGAGACGACAAAAGAAAUGCUCAAUUUACCAUAAACAAAAGGGCUCAAAAACAAAAGGAAAGUAGAAAAUAACAACAAAACAACAACAAAAAACUAGAAAAAAAGCUUAACGAAAUAGAAAACCCAAACAAUUUAAAUUUGUGUGAAAUAAUGACGUCACUUUCAGCCGCAACAACAACAGUAACUACACCACCUAUCUAAACAGCGACCAUAAACCCCAGGACUUGACUAGCAAAUUGUCAACGAUAUAAAUACACGCAAGCCUAGGUCUACAAUCAGCCCUUACCGCUUAAGGAUGUGAGCUGGGAAGCAACACUUUUUAGACAACCACCCGCUGACUUUUGCUCAAAACCCCAAAACCCCCCGAAAAAUGGACGUGCAACCCGUUGCGGCUGGGAAUGAAAAGUGAAACAUCAAAACUAUUUCCUCUACAAUUAUUCGAGACUGUUGACAUUAACUAACGGUUAUUGCUCUACAAGGAUCUAGCAAGCAUCCUAAUCCCCUUGCUGCCGUAUCAGCAUCAACAUCAACACCAACAUCAUCAUCAGCAACGUAGCCCUUCUCAUUUUGUUUUCCUUUUUUUGCUUAUUUUCGUUGGCUACAUCCGAUACGGUCGUACUUGCAAAAUUCUUUUUUCAUUUUCACCUCAUGGGUGGGUGGAAGGUGGCAUGAUGGCGAACCUUUGUUGAUGUGCCAUCCUCAUAAAGAACAUUCAAGCUGAGACAGAGACAGGCAACGCAGCAAUCCUAUCACAGUGGAGAACUUAUGAAUGAAUGUGAGUGAUAUUGUCCUCGCACUUACGCCGCUCCCCUCUCUCUACGAGUGUGGCAACAACAACAGUUGUUUAUUCCGGACGUUGUGUCUGCCUCUUUGUCGUUGGGGCGUUUGACAGGAAUCUCCUUUUUCAUUUCGUUGGAGCACCACAAAUAAAUAGCAAAACGAUACACAAUGUCGGAACACUUGCCAUCAACGUCAACAGCCCGCAUCCACUACAGCGAUGACAUAUUGGCCAGCGAAGAAUAUCGCGACGAAUACCGACUGCAUCAUCAUUACGACAGCAAAGAAUCUAUAAAUCUCACCCCCUCAGUCACCCCCCAUGGUUCGCCACAAUCCCGCCAACGUCUAGGACAACAUCUUAGCAAAUCAGCCUCCGAAUUGAAUGGUCAUCAAGACUCACCACAGACCUCGCCCAAAAGAGCCAAAAGUGCGGCAGCACCUCAUACUUCCUCAUCUGGCGGGGGUGUGUUUCAGAAGACCCAUGGCUUCUUUAAUAAUCUGAAACAUCGUUGGGGACGUGCGAAAAGCAAAGAUCGUGUGGGUCGCAAAUCACCCAAUGAUUUUCUUGAAGAGAGUACAGACUAUGCAGCCGAUUAUAGCUCAGAAAGUAGUUCGGUAACCCAAUCGCCUAGACAUAGAUCGAAAACCAUAGGGGGUUCGCCUUUGGCUAAGGAGUUCAAGGCCACGGCCCGCAUGGCGCAGGCCAUACAAAGAUUUGGCGGAUCAAUGGAGGGACGCAUUGAUGAGCAUCCGGAGAAUGGUGGCAGCAAUUAUGGCGAUUCGCAUUUGACAUCAAGACAAAUAGAGCACUUACAGGUUGAGGAGAUGCGGCGCAAGAAGGAAGCACAAUUACGUCAAUACGUCUUUUUUCAACUACGUGUCCAUCUUAAGAAUGGUAGUGAUUUAGUGGCAAUGGACAAGAAUGGUCUAAGUGAUCCUUAUGUAAAAUUCAAAAUGGGCGGCCGCCUUUUACAUAAAUCACGAACCAUUCAUCGAGAUUUGAAUCCAGUAUGGGAUGAAGUAUUUGUGGUGCCAAUUGAAGAUCCCUUCGAGCCAAUUAUUGUUAAGGUCUUUGACUAUGAUUGGGGUCUUCAGGAUGAUUUCAUGGGUUCGGCGAAAAUCGAUUUAACUCAAUUGGAAUUGGGCAUAGCAGAAGAUGUGAAUUUGGCUUUGCAAGAUGUCAGUCAUCCGGAUCGGCCAAUGGGUGAGAUACUCAUCAAUUUAACGCUAUGGCCAAGGAGUCAAGAAGACAAGGAACAGCACUUCCAGCGUAAUUCCAAAUUGGCUGAAUCAUCGAAGAGGUUAAAGUCUCAAAUCUGGAGCUCAGUGGUUACGAUUUUAUUGGUUAAAGCCAAAGGUUUGCCACUGGCGGAGGACGGCAACAAAUUGAAUGAUGCCCACAUUAAAUUUAGACUGGGCAAUGAGAAAUACAAAAGCAAAUCAUCAUGGACUGAACGAUGGCUGGAGCAAUUCGACCUACAUCUUUUCGAAGAUGAUCAACAACUCGAAAUAUCAUUGUGGAAUCGUAAUACGGUGUAUGGAAAAGCUACCAUAGAUUUAAGCAUUUUCGAGCGAGAGAAUACCCAUGGUAUUUGGAAACCCUUUGAAGACUGUCCCGGUGAAGUAUUUCUUAUGUUAACUAUAAGUGGUACAACAGCCCUUGAAACGAUAAGCGAUCUGAAAGCCUUCAAAGAAGAUCCACGGGAAUUAAAGGUAAUGAGAGAUCGUUAUCGAUGGCAUCGUUGUUUGCAAAAUCUGCGAGAUGUAGGUCAUUUGACGGUAAAAGUGUUUGGAGCUCAGGGUUUGGCAGCAGCGGAUAUUGGGGGGAAAUCAGAUCCCUUCUGUGUUUUGGAAUUGGGUAAUGCGAGACUACAAACGCAAACGGAAUAUAAAACCCUAACACCGACAUGGAAUAAAAUAUUCACUUUCAAUGUCAAGGAUAUAACCCAAGUCUUGGAAAUUACUGUUUAUGAUGAAGAUCGCGAUCAUAGAGUGGAGUUUCUAGGGAAACUGGUUAUUCCCUUGUUGCGCAUUAAAAAUGGUGUCAAAAGAUGGUAUACCUUGAAGGAUAAGAAUUUGUGCAGCCGUGCCAAAGGCAUGUCGCCACAGAUUCUUCUUGAAAUGAAUGUUGUCUGGAAUGAAAUCAGGGCUGUGUGUCGUGUACUUCAGCCCAAGGAAGAGAAAUUAAUCCAACAGGAGGCCAAGUUCAAGAGACAAUUAUUCUUACGCAAUGUCAAUAGACUGAAGGAGAUCAUUAUGUAUAUUCUAGAUGCUGCACGUUAUAUACAAAGCUGCUUUGAAUGGGAGAGUCCCCUGAGAUCAUUAAUCGCAUUUACCUUAUGGAUUGUUGCUUGCAUUUAUGGCAAUCUAGAAACUAUACCGCUGGUGAUAUUGAUGAUAAUACUCAAAAAUUGGCUUAUACGCCUGAUCACAGGUCAAUCGGACUCAACGAGUAGCUACGACUAUGAGUAUGAUGAAGACGAUGAUGAUGAUAAGGAGAAGGAGGAGAAGAAAUCAAUAAAGGAACGUCUGCAGGCCAUACAAGAAGUAUCCCAAACAGUGCAAAACACCAUUGGAUAUUUGGCUUCAUUGGGUGAAAGUACCAAAAACACUUUUAAUUUUUCCGUCCCCGAAUUAACCUGGUUGGCUGUGGUCUUACUAAUCGGUGCCAUAGUUGUCUUACACUAUAUUCCCAUACGUUUUCUACUACUCUUCUGGGGCAUCAUGAAAUUCAGUCGAAGAAUAUUAAGGCCCAACACAAUACCCAAUAACGAGUUGCUUGAUUUUCUAUCAAGAGUGCCAGAUGAUGAGGAAAUCAAUCAAUUUCGUGAACUUCCACCAACAGCUGUCACCGAAACCCAACGGGCCAAUCCAAAGAAGAAAGUCAAAGCCUCAUAGUCUCGGGCCAGCGUUGAUGAUGCUGAUGCCAUACAAGAUUUCUUCAGUGCCAGUGAUAAGCCCUUCAAGGGUUCUGCCACCAUAGCGGCAGUGCAUGCGGCCACAGCUAUGCCACAACAUGUAGUCAGCAUCUCGACGCGUUCCAUGCGCAAUGUGACGCACAUGUUCAAAGCCAGUACGGAAAGUCUGAGAAUGGCAGCAUUUAGGAAGUUGCACAAGAAAUCAAACAAUAAAUUCGAUUAACCACCAAAAGAGAGAAGGAGAGCACUUACAGACAUCAUUGGAUUGUCAUCCCAAUCGCAUAGAUUAUGAAGCUGUCACAAAGAAAACUCAAAACACACACACACACUCAUACAUUUUUACAUGCAACAUACAUUGAAUAUUUUUCUCCAUUUUUUACAUUAAACAAUUAAACGCAUUAAUUCAA